AUGCUCCCUUUACUGUCAUCCGCGUUCACCAUACUGGCGGCAUUAUUUCUGUAUAAGGUAAUUCGCCUGGCGCACAACGUCAGACUCGCCCGCAAGACAGGUCUGCCCUACACCAUCACGCCUUUGCUUGAAACAGAAGUGUUAGCACUCCUUUUCAAUCCUCUUCUCCGGUACCUAUACCGCGGGUACUUAGACCGCGGCAAAGGCUGGCCGCGCUGGUGCCGCUUCUUCGUUAAGGACUGGGCAUGGGAGGACAAACGACAGGCCCAUGACGAUCUCGGCGAUUUGUUCCUCUGCGUGUCUCCGGAGGGAAUUAUUUGCUAUUCCGCCGAUGCGACGAUGGGCAGGGAUGUCUUGAGCCGCCGGAACACAUUCACGAAGCCGCGGGAUAAGUACAAGAUUCUCGAGCCGUAUGGCAUGAACGUUGCUACCGCCGAGGGCAAGACGUAUCAGUUUCAUGUCCGCAUCACGGCACCCCCAUUUGGUGAUCUCUCCGGCGUCAACAGCUUAGUCUGGAGGGAGACAAUACACCAAACGAAGCGCCUGACGGAGGCCUGGGCAAAAUCUCCGCCCAUAGAGAUCCAGAAAGAUGUGAACGCUUUGACGCUUGCUAUAAUUUCUUUGGCCGGUUUUGGUAGACGGCUAGAAUGGAGCAAGGACGGUGAAAAUGAGGGCAUUCCUGCUGGCUAUCAACUAAGCUUCUUGCAUGCGCUUCAGGACACUUUGCACUUUAUGGUGCCGAUCCUCCUCUUUCCCCGAUGGGUGCUCAUUAUCAUACUUAACAAAGCCGCCCUAGCGCACGCUCAGUUAGAUCGAUAUUUGCGAGACAUCAUUCGCGACCAAAGGGCAAAGCUGUCGGCGGAUAUUAACCACGCUGACAAGGAAUCUCGAGGAAAUCUUCUUACCGCCGUGGUUCGAGCGUCGAUGGUGUUUGAUUCGGAACCGCCGUCGGCGAAGUCCUCAAGACUAUCAGGGGAAAGAAGGCAGGGCUUCACCGAGGAUGAAACCAUGGGCAAUAUUUUUAUCUACCUGUUGGCUGGAUAUGAAACCACCGCCAAUGCCAUCAUAUACGGGCUAGCUGUUCUCGCCCUUCAUCAAGACAUCCAGGAUCAAGUAAUCGAGGAGAUUGACAGUGCCCACGCCCGAGCUCAAUCCGCCAACCGAUCGGAGCUCACGUAUGAGGACGAUUUCGAGUUCCUGGAGUACACUUACGGCUUCAUUUCUCAAGGCGAAAAACAUGUCGUUGCCUCCGAUAAGACCCGGCAAAUGAAAGGCACACUUCUGACAUUCUCCGAUGGCUCACGAGCCUGCCUUGGACGCAAAUUUGCCCAGGCUGAGUACGUUGCCUUUUUCGCGACCUUGCUGCGACAAUACCGCGUGAGUCUGGCCCCCGGAUCGGACCCGGCAGUAGUUGAGAGAGACUUGUUUGGGAAAAGUGCAGGCACGAUUACUCUGGCGCCUUUGGGUAAUGUGCGCUUACGGAUCCAGCCUCGCUAG